CACCGUGGUUUCGUGAAUCCGGCCCAUUGUAUGUGUAUCUGUAUUUCUUAAUGCGUGGAUAUUUGUGGUUUGGUGGAGGUCAGCAUAAUAGGUCAGCUAAUAAAUAUACUUAUAAUGUAGCCCUGUGUGUCCCUGCAUAUGUUCGGAAAGAUGUUUUUUGUUCAGAAAAUGUAUGUUUUCUUAGCAUUCUCAUUCAUUGGAAUCAAUAUUCAUUGACACCAGAUGAAUAUUCAAAGGAUCCGACUGACGUACUAUUACGGCGAGGGUCUGACGCGUACAUGACAUCAUCACGUCGCCUAAAUUUUGAGUGGCUGUAGCUUGCCGACCUUCAUUAGAAGUGGUACUUUGUGCUACACGUGUCUUCUGAAGGUGUCUUCCUUAAUUAUCUCUUCUUACUGUUUCAGGUGGCUUAUGACUAACAGCUGAAGUCCACUAAAGUCAUGAACCAAGCUCGAACAGCAAUUACCAACUUGUUCAACAAUGAGCCCCAGAUGUACACCAGGUUUAACCUGGCUGGAGAACAUGAAGGAGAAAGCAACCACGUGGAGAUGAAGCUGUCUUCUGAAGAUGAUGAUGUAGGGGAGCACCAUAACAACCAUAUGACUACUCCUAUUAUCAGGUCAAGAAAAACUCGCAAGAACUUCUGUUUCAUGGUUGCUGGAGCAUUACUUCUGUUUUUCAUUGGAUUUCUGCUUGGGUAUCUUGCAUAUCGUAGUAGGUCUAAAGAUGGAGGUUGCCAGCAGUGUGCUUCUGCUGAUGGAGCUGAUACAACAAACCAGGACAUUGAGGAAUAUGAUGAACUCGUCUUGUAUUGGAAUGAUCUAAAGGAAAUGCUGUCAAAAAAAAUAAAGCUUACCUCGUUUGAAGAUAACAUCAACGCUUUCUCUCGCAGCUCUCAUGAUGCAGGAUCUGAGAAGGAUGAAGAUAAUGCUGCUGCCAUUCAUGAACAGUUUCUAAGCUAUGGCCUAAAUAAGGUCUGGCAUGAUGAACACUAUGUCCGGCUGCAGUUUCAACAUAGGAGUUUGCCAAAUAAAGUGACAUUUCUGAAUCCAGAAGAAGUGGUUGAAACACCAUCUGCUUAUCUGGCCUACAGUGCUCAAGGAACUCCUGAAGGCAAACUGGUAUAUGCAAACUUUGGUCGAAAAGAAGACUUCCAGCUUCUUUCUCAGAAUGUCAACAUCAAUGGCUGUAUUGUCCUUGUUCGGGCAGGGAAAAACUCCUUUGCUGAGAAGGUUGCUAAUGCUCAAAAGAUGAAUGCUAAGGGUGUAUUAAUAUACCCAGAUCCUGAGGAGUACAGUGACCUGCAAGAAGAUACAGUCCAGUUCGGCCAUGUUCACAUGGGAACUGGUGACCCUUACACUCCUGGAUUUCCGUCAUUUAACCACACUCAGUUCCCACCUGUGAAAUCAUCUGGGCUACCUCAAAUUCCAGCUCAAACCAUCUCUCGGAGGGCUGCAAAAAAAUUAUUCAGUGGAAUUGGCGGACCUGAAUGCCCUGUGGCUUGGAGGGGAUCUCUGAGUGGCAUAAUUUACCGCAUGGGAAACAGUUCUGCAGAAAUGAGGACUGUAAAGUUGGAAGUGAAUAACGUAAAUGAAGAAAGGAAGAUCUUUAACGUUUUUGGCGUCCUGAAUGGCUUUGUUGAUGCAGACCGUUACAUUGUAAUUGGAGCACAGCGUGAUUCCUGGGGUCCUGGCGUAGCUAAAUCUGCAGUGGGUACUUCGAUUCUGUUGGAGCUUGCUCGUAUUUUGUCAGAUUUAGUAAAAGAUGGUUACAAGCCAAUGAGGAGUGUGGUGUUUGCCAGCUGGACUGCAGGAGAUUUUGGAGCUGUCGGUGCCACUGAGUGGCUGGAGGGAUAUCUCCCAGUACUGCAUGCAAAAGCAUUUGCCUACAUUAAUCUUGAUGCUGCUAUCCAAGGUCUUUCAGAUUUCCAAGUGUCUGGUAGUCCAAUUCUUCUAGACUUGGUUGAAAAGACUAUCAAAAAUGUAAAAUCACCAGUAGGUGGGACAACUGAAACAAUCUAUGAAAAGAUUAAACGAACCUAUCCAAACUGGAAGUCCUCUUGUGUUCAACAGUUGUCCAUGGAAAAUGCUGCAUACCCAUUUCUGAGUUACACUGGAAUCCCUUCAGUGUCAUUUAGUGUUAAGAGACAAGCUCCAUAUCAGUUUCUGGGCACUAAUAUGGAUACUUUGCAGCAGCUGAAGAAUGCAGUUGAUUAUCAGCUUGACAGUGCUGCUCGAGCAGUUACUGAGGUGGCUGCACAAAUGGCGAUAAGACUGACCCAUGACCACCAACUGUAUAUGGAUUAUGAAAUAUAUAGUGAAGUUCUGAAGGAUUUUAUUUCUGAAAUUAGAAACUAUGAGGAAAAUGUAAAGAGCAUGGGACUCUCAUUUCAGUGGCUGUAUUCUGCUACCGGUGACUUCAGCAGAGCUGCAUUUGGUUUGACGAAAGACUUUGAAAAAGCUGAUUUGACAGAUCAAGCAUUGUGUCGUGCAUUGAAUGAUCGCAUCAUGAAAGUGGAAUAUAACUUCUUGUCACCGUACGUUUCAACCAGAGAUGCUCCUUUCCGACAUAUAUUCUUUGGUUCUGGCAACUAUACACUAUCUGCAAUCAAAGAGCACUUGAACCUGAGGAGUAGUAACAUAAGCAUGUUUGAUGAGGACUUGUUCCGGAAUCAACUGGCUCUUGUUACCUGGACCAUUAAAGGAGCAGGAAACUCCCUGACCGGAGACAUCUGGGACAUAGAUAAUGAAUUCUAACUGCAGAAGAAAUGUUUAUUAGAGUACUUGCAGCAGUUGUGUACAGUUUGAACAAUCCUGAGUCUGACGUCUAUAUAAAGAGUACAGGUUUAUCCACAAAUUACUUGGGCAAUGUCCCAACCUCUUUUCUGGAAUAAAAAGUUGUAGCUGUUUAAAUUUCACUUUACAGCUUUUCUAAAAGUGUAUAGGAACCAAAGUGUAGCAGUUCAUAUGUAGUGGUCUCUUAAAAGCAGCUUUUUGCAUCUUGCAACUUGAAGAUUAUCUUGUAGCUGCUUUUAGAGAUCAGGGACUAAGGGCUGUCUCAAACAGUAUAUCUCAAUUCUGGGAUGGGGUGGUGACUAGUUUGAGUAAGAUGUCUGGGGUUAAAAGUGAGAUCUCCACUUAAGUUCUAUGAUCAGAGCAUUUCUUGCUUAGCCUUUUACUUCCCACUGACUUUGCUUGCUCUGAUAUUUCAUAUUGGUUCUUAAAAGCCAUCUGUACUUCUGCUGCUUGUAUGAGCAAAGGGUUCGAGUCUAAACUGCUGACUAAGUUAGAUUUACAUUUUAAGAGGCACUUGAAAAAUGUAGUUUUUUUGUAAUUACCUACCUCUGGUUUAGCUGAGUAAUUAAGGGUGCAGUUUGUUACAGAAAGUCUGAGCCACAUUUACCAUCUAAACCUGUGGUAAUUGUUUUUGUUCCCUUUUUAAAAUCAGAAAACCCCUUGUCUGAAUUUAUUUAUGGAAAUGAGUUUAAGCAUUUUCAGCAUCAGUGAUUGUAUAGUACAGGGGACAAGAUCAGUUAUGUUUCCCCAGAAAGAGAAUGCUUUUCAUGAAUAAGGUUUGAUAACAGAUUGGUUACCGUCUCUUUAGGCAUGCAUAUUUGUGUAACAGAUUUCAAAUUAACACUAAAUUUGCUUAAUACUCUUGCCUGUGGCAUCACAUGCAGGUAUGCAGCUUUCUGUCUCCAUUUGACAGUGGCAUUAUUCCAAGCAUUCCUGUAGUUUGACACACGUUUUCCUAUUAAGGUUUGUUUAAUGGGGUGAAGGAGGAAACUUAAGGUUUUGAAAUUGUUUACUGGGGAGGUGAACUUUAAAACUUGAAUUAACCAUAUUGUUUUCAAACCUUAUUUUAAGAAGUGAUGUAUUCUAUUUAAUAUAUUCUAGCCAGAGUUGUUUUGUAAGCUUUGAACAAAACCUGCCCAUCAAGAGCACUGAGAUAUUUAUUUUAUUUAUUUAUCAGUGGCAGAGUUCACUAUAAAUAUAUUUUUUCAGUUUUUAUAGAAGUGGAUUAUCGGAAGCAGUGUCUUCCAUAAUUGACAGUUAUACUGUCGUUUUUUGUAUAAAAGCAGCAUCUGCUAAUAAAAUCAUAAUACCGGACCUUCUGCACUAUAGCACAAAUUAACUAACUUGAUGGAUUGAAGUCAUGUCUUAUAUUUGAGUUUUGCCUGGCUUUGUGCAAAGCCUGUAUAGUUUUACAUAUCCUAGUAAGGCUAGUUCAGAAAUUUGAACCCCUUUCUAAAAUGUAAAAAUAAGCCAUGUACUGUCCACUUGCAUUGUAAUCAGUUGACUGUCCACUCAGGUAAACUGCAUCACUGCUUUUCACUUUUGUGGGCAAGAGAGAAUUGAUCCUGUUAAAAAAAAAAAAAAAAACUCUAGUAUUGUAAGUUAUUUAAGCACAAUAUAUAAUUUUAAGUGGCAGCUUGUAAAAUGUCUUCCAAAUUCAGUGAGUAGCGUUUGAUGUGUUGACUCUACUACAAGGUGGGCUGUCCAGAAUUCUUUUGUGGCUUCAUAUAGUUUAACUGUAUGCAUUAUAGACUAGAACCUAAGAAAGCAUAGUGGAUAAUCUCCAAAGUGGUACAUUUCCUCCAGUUACCCAAUAAAACAGUGAAUUGGCAUUCUGAUACCAAAAUAUUCAUUGUGAUAAAUUUUUUACUGACUUGUAGUGCUGAAGUUCCGGUACAUAAAUAAGCUAAAACACAUUAUCGGGGGCAGUGUUUCCCAUAAUGUUUGAACAACCAGGUAGAUUUUACCUACCAAGGUGUUUAUAUCGGAGGCAGUGAUCUCCAUAUGUAGCACCAAGGGUGUGCCUAGUUAAAUUGGGAACAGUGUGUCCCAUUGUCUAGAAUUCAUUGUAUGUUUUCAUGUUAUAAUGUUUGCCAGGGCAUAAAGGUUUGUUUUCUUAUCUACAUCUUCAGCUCCUUCAAACACAGUUUAAUGCUCUUACUAGGCAGUUGUGUGUUUGAAUAUUGCAAUUUGUCUCAUGUUAUAAUGUUUGCCAGGGCAUAAAGGUUUGUUUUCUUAUCUACAUCUUCAGCUCCUUCAAACACAGUUUAAUGCUCUUACUAGGCAGUUGUGUUUGAAUAUUGCAAUUUGUCCUCAAACUAUCAGAUUGUCUUGGAGAAAAAAAACAAUUGUGGUUUUCAGCCUGUGGUGUAAAUGGUGUGUACUGUUAUUUCCAUUAUGUUCUUUGUUUAAAAACUGUCAUCAGGACAGUGGAAGAUAUUCAUGUGGUUUUUCUUCUGUCUGUACUUGCGUGCAUUUCUCCCUUUGUAUGUAUUGCAAAUGAAAAUGUGGCCUCACUAGCAGUUCAGGUAUAACUAGUGCUUCUCAGCAGUGGCUUGUCAUUUUUGUUGAGGUAGUAUGUAUUACAAUUUUGAACAUGGUAAAUUCCAGAAACUGUCUUUUGGGUGAGUAACUUGACUCACUGUUGUCAUAUGUUCUGCACGUAAUAGCUUUGUCGUAGUUUGCUACAAACAGCAAAAAAUUCUGUAAUGUCAAGAUUCCCUUGACUAAAAUGCAUAAGCAAAGUUGACAGUAUAGAAGUAACACAAGGCCAUAAUGCAUCAAAAAUGAAAGUGAAAGAUGUAUUAAAUUCCUUAAAACAAGAAUUCUGGGUUGACAAUUCCAUGCUGUUCAAAAAUUAAACUGUUCUAAUAUUUGAUAAAUAAAACGUUAUGCAACUUA